UCCUCCUCCUCUUCCCCCCCCUGCCCUCCCCUAGUCCCCGACCUGAUCUUUCCUGCAUUCCCGCACCGCCGCAGUGCGAAGAUGGCGUCGCCUGGAGCGGCCGGGGCGCAGUCGCCGCUUCACAUGUUGACCACCGCGGUGCACGGAAGCGUCCGGCCGAAAUGCGACUUUAAUAUGGAGAACCUGAGCCGACCGGAGUUGCUGACGCUGCUGAGCGUCCUGGAGGGGGAGCUGGAGGCACGCGACUUGGUCAUCGAGACCCUGAGGGCCCGCAGGAAGGAGGUGUUCAUCCAGGAGCAGUACGGCUGCGUGAGCCUGACGGAUCCCUUCCUAGCUCUGCAGCGGGAUGAGGAUGCACGGGGAGGAGCCCAGACGGAGCGACCAGCGCUGUGUCUCAGUCCCAUGGCUGUGCUGGAGAGCCUGAUGGGUCAGUGCCGUCGCAUGCGGGAGAGCAUGGGGGCCCAGCUGGCUGCUGCCGAGAGCCGCGAGAGGAAGCUGCAGGAGGAGAAGCAGCAGCUGCAGAGCCUAGAGCAGGAGCACAGAAAGCUGUCUGCGCAGCUGAAGGAGGAGCGUGAGAAGAACAAGCUGGUGGUCCUGACACUGGUGCGCGAGUACCGACAUCUGGCCGCCCGCGCUUCCGAGGAGGCCCAUCGCCAUGACGACACGUCCACCUGCCUCCAGGAGGAGCUCAGCGCCGAGCGGCUCAAGGUGCAGCGGAUGGAGGCCAGGAUGGAGGAGCAGCUCUCGGAGAUGGACACGGAGCGUGGACAGCUGCAGGCACGGCUGGCCAGGGAGGAGGAGCAUAACGCCCAGCUCCGCGCGGAGAAUAGUGCUCUCAGCAGACAGCUGGAGCAUCUGGGCGUGGGCAGGGAGGCCAAGGUCUACGCCUCUGUUGCUGUGGGAACAGACGCGGUGGGCCGCCAGGCCGCCUCUUGCCAGACGGAGCCAGUGCCGGCAGAAGCGAGCAUGGCAGCAUCCAAGACUGCCCCCUUAGCCAUAGUCGCCAAGCCUCCUGUUUCAGGCUAUGCGGGCCUGAGUCUUCCGAAGUCACAUGGCACACAGCGCCCCCUGCUGGCUGAGAACGGCCCAUGCGGGAGCGAUGCCCAGUCCAGCUCACCCCCCACGCCGCCCGUGGGUGUCGGCUCCCGCAUUCAGGCCACCCGCUAUAAGUUCCAGGCGUCCCCAUUGGAGCCAGACCAAAAUGGCGCCACCCCAGGCAGCCCCCCAUCCCGGGACCUGUCCCCCAGCAGCCGGGACAGUCUUGCCGCCAAGCAGCAGGCCCGAAACACCGUCACCCAGGUUCUGUCCCGGUUCACUAGCCCCCCCACCACCAGUGCCGUGCGGCCUGGCCUGCCCCACUCCACCUCGGAGGGGGGGCCCUUCCCAAGCCGGCUGGGCCACCUCCACAUUGGCACUAAGACCCCCCGGGGGACCCCACCCCCCAUCCCCCCUAAAAAGCCAGGCCUGUCUCAGACCCCCUCACCCACCCAGCCGUGUGUUAAGCUGGUGUCCGAGGCCAGCCGAUCCCCCGCUAUGGGAGGCCCCCUCAGAGCCGCCACACCACAGCUGGCCCCUAAGCCCGCUCUUGAGCUGGGGGGCCCCGUUCCAGCCCUGACCACGUCUCAGGUGGGUGCCUGCCCCCCCCAGCCACGGGGGCCGCACCAGGGAGCAUGUGCAGAGUGUCCCCCCGUCGGCGCGGUGGCUCCCAGUAGCUCCUCCUCCAUAAAGCCCAUUAGUGCCUCAUCCUGUAGACCGUGUGAGACAGAGCGCCCCCUGGCAGCAGCCUCAGGCUGGCAUCUCCCCGUAGCCCCUCUGCCGACUUAUGGUGGCCCCUCACCCCUGGACAAUGGGCUCACCCUUCUUCUGCAAGCUGCUAUCCAGGGAAAUGUCACUCUACUGUCAACACUGCUAAACCAAGACCCAAACGAUGAAGACGGGAGAUCUGCCUUGUUCUCUGCUGCCCAAAGCGGUCAUGCUGACUGUGUUGAUGUGCUGCUCAAAGCAGGAGUCCCUGCAGAUGUUCCCCAUAAGAACGGAUUUACCCCAUUACACGCGGCCGCCUCCAAUGGCCAGACCAGGUGCGUGGAGCUGCUGGUUCCCCAUGUUGACGUGAACCAGGCCGCAGCAAGUGGGCAGACACCCCUCUUUCUGGCCUGCAGAGCUGGAAAUGGUGCUUGUGUGCAGGUUCUGCUGGAUGCCGGAGCCGACUAUACGGCAGUGACUGAGGAUGGCUGCACCAUGCUGCAUGCGGCAGUCAGCUUGGGGCAUGUGGGCGUCCUGCAGCUCCUGAUGCAGCACCCAGCGCCUGGCACUGCCCCGCCUGCUGCCCUGCUCAACCACACGGACCGGGACAGCUGGACCGCGGCCCACAUCGCUGCAUCCAAAGGUUUCAAGGACUGCCUUGAGGUACUGUGCAGCCAUAGUGAGCAGGACAUCACAAAGCGGGACCGCUGCUGCCGGACUGUCCAUGACGUGGCCACUGAUGACUGCAAGGAGCUGCUGGAGAAUCUGGGGUCUUACAAAGUCCUGGUUCAGGUCCAGCAGGGCUGGGAAGAGCAGCUCUGCGUGCUAGAGGAUGCCGACAGUGGCCCCACACUGGGCAUCCUCACGGUGAACCGGCACACAAGCUGGGUGGAAUUCUCAGGAAGUCUAACGCGGACCGUGAUGGCACACCUACGUGUGCUGUGCGGCGGCUGGGAGCUGGCGGAGGAAGUUAGCAGUGCAGAGAGCGCCCUGGGCCUUGGCUUGGACAGCAUCCACUCGGUGCUUAUAGGUGAAGCUGUCUGGUUCCUGGGUCAGGAGCUCCCUCAGUCUCCCUGGGACCUGGUCCGAAAGCCACACAGUCAGCGAGCCACCAUCAGAUGGAAAGGGCUCUCAGAGUCGUGUCUGGACGAGCUGACAUACGAGUCGCUGAUCCCCCAGAACCUGCUGCAGAACUUUGUCAGGCUGGUGGAGCAAUACGGGACCGUCAUCUUCCACGGGUCCGAGGGCAGCUGUCAGGACUACGUGGCCCAACUGGUUGCCCUCUGUGUGAAGAGCAAGCAGGAGGCAGCAGGGAUGACCUGCAGCCUUGUCCCAGUGCACGUGGACCAGAAUCUGACCAGGGAGCAGCUUCUGCAGACCUUCCUCAGUUGUGGCUUCCUGGUCCCGAACGGCGAACCUGGCCCUGGCCACUGCAUUCUGGUUCUGCUGGAGGGUCUGGAGCGGGCUGGUUCUUUGUGGGAACUACUGGGUGACUUAUGUGAAGGCCUGGAGAACCGGGGACAUGCCUACUCUCUGACCCUGUCUCAUGCUCCAGAUGGCCAGUACCACUUCCUGGAAGGAAGCUUCCUGAUUGGAACGCUGUCUAAGCCCCGCCUCCACGGACCUGAGUUGCUCCUGCAGCAGCACUUCCGCUGGGUGCAGUUGCGCUGGGACUCUGAGCCGCUCUGCGGCCUUCUGGGCCGUCACCUGCGCAGGAAGCUCCUGCACAAGCUGCAGGGCAGUGUUCUGCCACCGUCCGACCCAUUGUGGAGGAGUCUGGCCUGGAUCUGCUCCGUGUGGCAGCAGCUGAAUGGCUGUCUGGCCCGGCUGGGGACCCCCGAGGCUCUCAUAGGGCCACACAUGUUCUUCUCCUGUCCAGUGGUGCCAAAGGAAACAUCUGCCAUCAUCGGGUGGUUGUCCAGGCUGUGGAACAUGGUCAUCGUCCCCCGUGUGGAAGACACCAUCAUCUCCAGGGUGACUGUGAGCAGAUCCCCACAGCGCCACCUGCCACGUAGUCCAAAGCUGAGUCCAGGCCAGCAGGCUGUGGUCAAGGCUGCCCUCAGCAUCUUGGUCAACAAGGCCGUCCUCCAGUCCUGCCCCCUGCCCAGGACAGAAAUAGAUAAGUACUUGCCUGCCUUCCACGGGGGGGAUGGAGUCUCACUGCUGCUGCCACACAGCCCCCUCAGCGGCAGGGCACGCAGGGACCCAGAUGGCCCAGCCUGGAGGAAGGUCCGCACUGGCCCACGUAGAAGAGGAGGAUCCUGGAGGAGCAACACGACUCUUCGAGAUGGUCCUAUGUGUGGCUCAGACAUCUGCUUGGGCAGGAUGAGCAGGGGCUUGGAUGGGCCGGUACUGCUUUGCAUGGAUUCUGACGAUGAGUCUGACCUGAUGCAGGAGCUGCGCUCUCUGUGCUCCAGCCGGUCUGAGCCAGACAUUCGCAAGAUAACUCGCUCCAGAGAUGAUUUCAUCAUGUUUCCUGUUGGACAAAUGAAAAAGGAGAAAGCCAUCCAGACUCAGAGCCAGCGGGCUGGCAGGUCUCACCCAGACAGAAGCACCUCCAGCAAACCUGCCUCCAGUGAGAGUCGCAUGACGAGGCCCAAAUCCCAGCUGCCCGUUCCCGGCAGCAGGGGCACACAGCGGACACAGGGCGUCCCCAGGACGCAGGGCGUCCCCAGGGCGCAGGGCGUCCCCAGGACACAGGGCGUCCCCAGGACGCAGGGUGUCCCCCGAGCCAGCAGCAGAAUGAGGCAGAUACCAACCAGCGAUGACAAUGACCGAUCAAAUGAGGAGAUUUGGAUCCUACAUGAAAACGCCAACAGUGGCACUUAGACCCCCAGUGUGUUUAGCGUGUGCAGAAGCACAGCUGUGCUGUCUCUGUGCUAUAACUAUCAUUGUACAGUAUUCUUGCUUUUUGUACUCUGGGACCAUAACUCGCUUAAACGUGAGGGCUUUUGUGAAUGAAACACUUUGGCCGUUUGGGUAAAAUGCUUUCCGGUGAUACCAGAGUGGCCUUUAAAUCAUGUUUCACUGUUCCAGUGUGAUUAGCUAAUGAGAUCAAUGGGGCAGGGUUUCACCGACUAUAGCCAAAUUAGCAAAUAGGGACUUUUUACUAUAGUGUUCGUGGUAUUAUUUGUACAGGAAAAAAAAAUCAUAAUUUUGUAAAUUCACUUGUUUCAAAGUGAAAAGGAUGUGACAAAACAUGCAAAUACAGGAACACUUUCAGCAGUGAGCCUUUUGUAAAAGAAAAACUAAAAUAUUCACAUUGAGAUUUACACUUUGCCUGAGCGAAUAGGAAAUAUAUCUGACUGGGGCAUAUUGCAUUGAAGUGUAUUUUAUAUAUGGAAAUUUUAGCCUUUUUUGGCUUGUAUUGUGUUGAAAUUUUGUCACCUAAAAUGUAAAUUAAUGUGCUGGUAAAGUGUAACAGCUGAAAUCUAACUACCGUCUUGACCCAUUUUUGUGAGUACAAAAUAAAAUCAAACUACUCAAUA